UUGUCAUGACUGUAGAGAAUGAGUUCAGUCUGGAGUGUAGAGCGUAAAACAAACAAACAGUUCCUCGAUUCUGUGUUUAUAAAACUAUUAUCAACCCUGCGGUCGGCCUGAGCUCAGCCGAAGCAUGGCAGAUCCGGACCGAGUGAAGCCUGAGGACAGACCCCAGCAGAAGAGCCUGGGGUCCGGGGACGCUCCGGCGAGCGGCGGGGUCUCCAAAGAACACGCUUCGGGGCACAGCAGACCGAAAGAGGAGGGCAAAGUGAGGUCUGAAGAAGCUGCUGCUGCUGGUGAUGAUGAGGAAGAGGGAUCUUCUCUUCACCCCUCUCCUGCUAAAAAACUGAAAUUGGAGCAAGACAAGAAAAAGGAGAAACGGCAAAAAGUUGAUGAAGAUGAAAUACAAAAGAUGCAAGUUUUAGUAUCGUCAUUCUCUGAAGAACAGCUGAACCGCUAUGAGAUGUACAGACGCUCAGCUUUCCCAAAGGCAGCUAUAAAGAGACUAGUUCAGUCCAUCACCGGAUCAUCCGUCUCUCAAAAUGUGGUCAUCGCCAUGUCUGGAAUUUCGAAGGUGUUUGCUGGGGAGAUUGUUGAGGAAGCUCUUGACGUGUGUGAGAAGUGGGGAGACACGCCACCUCUGCAGCCCAAACACAUGAGAGAAGCCGUCAGGAGACUGAAGAGCCGAGAGCAGAUUCCCAACACCAAACACAAACACAUCCUCUUCCACUGAGCUUGAGUCCCUCCCUAUACACGGAAAAAUGCUCAGGCAGAGGGAAUGUGGUCAUGGCCAUAUGACUUUUUCUAGAUCUCUGAGGUGUCUGGAAGGCACUGUUGUUUUUUAUCAUGAGGUUAACAGUAGACAAUGUAGUAAUACUUGUUACUUUAUUCAAUCUGUCAUCUAGAGCUGAAUUAUAAACAACAACAACUUCAUGUUAAUGAAGACCGUAAAUGUUGAACGGUUCUUAGCUGUGACUCAAAAAUCUCUAGCUCAGAUAAAUGUCUGUGGACCUUUUUUUUUAUUGUUAUAUUUUGUAAUGUUUGUUUUGUUUUGAAAAUUGCAUAUAUGUGCAGUAUUUUUAUGUGUGUGGACAUUGUUAAAAUGUUAUCUUUUGACUUGAAGAAUGGAAUAUUAAAUAUUUUGAUGGAAUUAGUGUAAAACUUUUGUUUGAUAAAACAUCACUGCCAGCACAGUAUUGGCAUGGUGAGUGAGUCAUAGAGAGGUUGAUAAUAAUAAAUGUUAUUUUAUGUAAUAACAAAUGUAA